AUGGACCCAAAUCAAGAUUUAAAUAAGACAGCAGAGACACAACCAUCAAAGCAAGAAAAAAGUAAAUGCUGCGAUGGAUUCAAGAUAUUCUUGGCAGCCCUCUCAUUCACCUUUAUUUCCAGGGCACUAAGUGGAGCCAUUAUGAAAAGUUCCAUCACCCAAAUAGAAAGGAGAUUUGACUUAACAUCUUCUGUUGCAGGCUUAAUUGAUGGAAGCUUUGAAAUUGGAAAUUUGUUUGUGAUUGUAUUUGUGAGUUACUUUGGAUCCAAACUACAUAGACCAAAAGUAAUUGGAAUUGGUUGCUUUAUUAUGGGAAUUGGAAGUAUUUUGACCGCUCUACCACAUUUCUUCAUGGGAUAUUACAGGUAUUCUAAAGAAGCCUAUUUUAAUCCACAAGAGAACUCAACAUCAAGCUUAGCAACCUGUUCUAUUAAUCAAAAUCUGUUACACAAAACAUCACCUGAGAAAGAGGGAAAAGGUUGGGAAAAGGAUUCUGACUCAUAUAUAUGGGUAUAUGUCCUAAUGGGUAAUUUGCUUCGUGGAAUUGGAGAAAGCCCCAUACAACCCUUAGGGAUUUCUUAUCUGGAUGAUUUUGCUAAAGAAGGAGAGACUUCUUUUUAUAUGGGUAUUUUGCUUUCAAUAGCAAUGAUUGGUCCAAUCCUUGGCUUUACAGUGGGAUCUGUGUUUUCUAAGAUGUAUGUGGAUAUUGGAUAUGUAGAUCUGAGCAAUAUCAGAAUCACUCCUAAGGACUCUCGUUGGGUUGGUGCUUGGUGGCUUAGUUUCCUUUUUGCUGGACUGUUAUCCGUUAUGUCUUCCAUACCAUUUUUUUUCCUGCCCAAAAAUCUGGAUAAACCACAGAAAAAAAGGAAAAUUUCAGUAUCUUUGCAUGUGUUUAAAACAAAUGAGGAAAGGAGUCAAAUGACUAUUCCAAUAGACCCUGGGCAAAAGGUGACUGAAAACAUAACUGGUUUUCUCCAGUCCUUAAAAAGUAUCCUUACCAAUCCCUUAUAUGUUUUAUUUUUGUUUUUGACAUUGAUACAAUUCAGUGCCUAUAUUGGUAUUAUUACUUUUGUCUUCAAAUACAUAGAACAACAAUAUGGUCAGUCAGCAUCUUCAACCAACAUAGUGCUUGGAUUCAUAACCAUACCAACUAUUGCCUCUGGAAUGUUUACAGGAGGAUAUAUCAUUAGAAAAUUCAAAUUUACCUUGCUUGGAACUGCCAAAUACCUAUUUUGUAUCAAUAUAUUGACCCUCCUACUUUACCUAUUAAAUUUUGCACUAAUCUGUGAAAACAAAUCGGUUGCUGGCCUGACCUUGACCUAUGAUGGAAAUAAUCCAGUGUCAUCUCACAUAAAUGUACCGCUUUCUUAUUGCAACUCAGACUGCAAUUGUGAUGAAAGUGAAUGGGAACCAGUCUGUGGGGACAAUGGAAUAACUUACAUAUCACCUUGUCUAGCAGGAUGUAAAUCUUCAAGUGGUAAUAAAAAAUCUAUGGUGUUUUAUAACUGUAGUUGUGUAGAAGCAACUGGUUUCCAGAACAAAAGCAACUCAGUGAUUUUGGGUGCAUGCCCAAGAGAUGGUCAGUGUAUAAAAAAAUUUUAUAUGUAUAUAGUAGUGCAAAUCCUGAAUUCUUUUACCUCUUCAUUGGGAUCGGUCUCAACUAUCAUGCUGGUUUAUAAAAAUGUUCAACCUGAACUGAAAUCACUUGCAGUGGGUUUCCAUACACUUACUAUCCGAGCACUCGGAGGAAUUCUAGCUCCUAUAUAUUUUGGGGCUCUGAUUGAUAGAUCAUGUAUGAAGUGGUCCAUCAGUAGCUCUGGGAAGCAAGGUUCUUGUAGGAUCUAUAAUUCCAGUCUUUAUGGAAAGACCUUCUUGGGCUUGAUUGAGAGCUUAAAAUUCACAACAGUUAUUUUGUUUAUUAUAUUUAUUUAUGCUAUGAAAAAAGUAUAUAAAGAAAAAGAUACCAAGGCAUCAGAAAAUAGAAGAAAAUCUGUGAAUGAAGCAAAUGUGGAAUUCUUAAAUAAUGAUGUUUAUUUUGAACCUUCUGCCAAAGCCAACUGUGAAUCACAUAUGUAA